AUGAAAUUAGCAAAAUUAACAAACGAUUGUUUUUUAGAAAUUAUCAAAAACUUUGAAUAUGAUCACCACACUUUAUAUAACUGCCUCUUGGUUAAUCGCUUAUUUUGUCGCUUUAUUGUGCCUCUGUUAUGGGCUAACCCUUUUUAUAAUAGUUCUAAAUAUUCGAUAAAUGUUAUAUCUAUUUUUCUUAUUUAUCUUGAUGAAAAUAAAAAACAUAAAUUGACUUCAAACAAGUAUCAGGCCGAUCUAUCAUGUACACAUAUUUUCCAAAAAACUUUAUUUGAAUAUGCUGACUUUUUAGAGACUUAUUCUAACUUCGAAAUAAGAAAUGUCAUAUCAUCAUGGUAUCAAUAUACUCAAGAUAUAUCUAAGCCUAGUUUAGAAAUAGCAACAUUAAUGGCUAUCCAAAGCAUGUUGUUUCGAAGAUGUAAGAGAAUCAAGAAAUUCUACAUUUUAGUAGCUGAAGAUAGCUCAUCAUUUCCUUUAAUUCCUGUCUCAUGGUACUUUUCUUCUGAAUUGAAAGAAUGCGAAUUUAAAUUUAUUUCUUCGAAUAGUCGACAUUGUAUGAAUGUAUACAAUUAUAUUAACUUAAUUUCUAUAAGCAACAAAAGAAUUCAAACCAUUCGAAUUAUGAAUUGUAACGAAGCUAUGCAACCAUAUUGUCGAGAGCCAUUAUUAAAUUUAAUUAGUGCUCAAACUGAACUCAAAGAACUUGAAUUGAUUUAUUAUUUCCCUUUUAAUUUUACACCUUUUAUGCGACAAAAAAAGUUUCAAAACUUUAGAAAACUAAUUUUAGAUGGAAUUAAGUUUGACAAAGAUAAUCUUGCAAAUUGUGCACCAAAUUUAGAGAAUUUAUUAAUAAAGAAUUCUUUCGGAAAUCCUUUUGAAGAAAGCAAAAAUAAUUUACAUAAUCUCCAAAGACUGGAAUUAGAAGGCAAUGAAAUAGGAUUAAAUAGAAUUGUGCUAAAGGCAAAGAGUGAAUCAUUAAAAUUUUUUAGAAUAAAGAAGAGAGAAUUAAGCAUUGAAGUAAAAGAGGAAUUUAUUUUGUUGCUUAGUCAAAAUUAUCCAAACAUAACUACUUUAAGUUAUAUAACUGACAAUCUUAUUUUCUCUUCAACACUUAAAAUAUUUAAAAAACUUUAUAAACUACAAAUAGAAGGAUUUGCUUAUUAUGAUCUGACUUCUUAUAAUAAUCAGGAUUAUUUGCGAGCUAUAGUUAGAAAUUUGCCUAACUCUUUAAAAAUUCUUGACUUACUCAAUUUUGAUGAUUAUAGUCAUGAAAACUUGAAUUGUUUUUUACAAGAUUUCGAUGUAGUAAGAGUAAAGUUAGAAGUUCUUAUAUUACCUUUUGAUAUUGAGAUUGAUUUACUUCCAAAUUUAAAAAUAUUUAUUGAAAAUGCUAAAUAUCUAAGGCAUAUAGAAAUAUUACGAUCUGAAAAUUACAAUACAGAAAAACAAAAAGACAGUGAAAGAGAGAUAAUUGAACUUUGUCGUGUUAGGAAUAUAAAAUGCAUAUUAAAUUAUCAAUGA